AUGGCCAAGAACAAACUAAGAGGGCAGAAGUCCAGGAAUGUAUUCCAUAGAGCCAGCCAAAAAACUUUAAGGUUAAAAAAUACAGCAAAACCAGUUACCACUAAUCUUAAGAAGAUAAACAUUGUGAAUGAUGAAAAAGUUAAUAGAGUGGAAACAGCUUCUGUAGAUAUACAAAAGGAACCUGCACAUUUCUUAAAAGGCCUUUCUCUUGAACCUCUGCAGAAACAGCUGAUUCCUCAGCAGUGUCAUAAAAAUGAACCAGUUAAUGGUGAGGAAGCUACAAGAUUAAUGGCUCAGCUGUAA